UUGGCUCUGACAAUUGAUAGUGUUUUGUUUUCAUCAGUAUCGGUCAUAUUAGAGGAGGUUGUGGUGGUCCAAUUUCGAGACGAGGUUGUGCGUAUGGUAUUCUUGUCGGAACCUCGAAACUUUAUGAAUAUUUGGUCAACCUGGGCGGUAAUCAUAGUUUAGUAGCGACAUGAAUCGACGAGAGUCUUCCAGAUCAAGGAGUAUUAGCAGGAGCCGAUCGCCAUCAUCAGUUAAACUUAGGAGAUCUUUGGAUAGAAAAAGGAGAAGUGCAUCACCAGCACGUCGUAGGCGGUCACACAACGCAUAUUCGAGAGGUCGAAGUCGCAACAGAUCUCGGACACCGUCACUACGUCGAAGAAGUAGAUAUUCUAAUAGUAGAUCAAGGUCUUUUUCCCCGCAAGAUAAAAAGGGCUAUUACCAUAGGAAAUCAUAUUCGCGUAGUCCACUUUCGGAGAGAAGAAGACAUGUAGGUACAAGAGAGAAUCCACAUCAAAGUCGUUGCCUUGGGGUUUUUGGCUUGUGUGUGAAUACAACUGAACAGAAAAUUUACCAAAUAUUCUCCAAGUUUGGAUCCAUAGAACGUGUUCAACUGGUUAUAGAUGCAAAAACUAAUAGAUCCCGAGGAUUUUGUUUCGUAUAUUUCGAGAGCGCAGAUGAUGCGAAAGUUGCCAAACAGCAAUGCUGCGGAAUGGAAGUUGAUGAUCGGCUUAUACGGGUGGAUUACUCAAUAACUCAAAGAGCACACACUCCAACUCCUGGGGUAUAUAUGGGAAAACCUACAAGACUUUAUAAAGAAAGAGAAUACCACGAUCGAUAUCGCGAUGAGGAAUAUCGAAAAGAGAAAUAUGGCAAAUACAGAGAAAGAUCAUCACCUCAAUAUUACAAACGCGAUAGAAGUAGGAGAUAUUACCGCCACAGCUAUAGUCGCUCACGUUCCCGUGAUCGUCGAGACCGCUGAUUACGCAAAAGCUCAAUACAACGGACUUCUUUUAAUAAUGCUCCCCUUUGAAAUUUUCGGAGAUCCGAUCUUUUGCUUUGUACAUAUUAUUUUUGUUUGUUUGAUGUUUUCCUUUGUCUCCACUAAAAAAAAGGGUUUAAUUUAUCAACUGAAGUGUCUUUAUUAGAAAAUAAUGAUGUUUUUAUGAAUAAAAUUGCAAAGUCUGUAAUAAAAGGAUUGGUAACAAACUA